AUGAGUCGUUUGCAAGGAUCUUCUUCCCUUAAAAGGAAACGACAAGACUUGGCUUUAGUUUCUGGGUCUUUGACUGACGGAGAACGCAUACUCUAUAAUCUCAUUCAUAGCAAGAAAGACAUGGGGAUCUGGACAGGAGACAUGAAACGAGAAACAAACCUCCCUGAUAACGUGGUCAAAAAAUCCUUUAAGUUUCUUCAGUCAAAGAAUCUGAUAAAGGAGGUUGUUAAUAUUCAAAACAAAGGGAGAAAGCACUACAUGGCAGCAGAGUUUGAACCCUCCAAGGAAAUCACCGGUGGGGAUUGGUAUACUGAAGGGAGUCUUGAUACAGAGUUCAUAAACCUUGCAAAGGACGUGUGCAUGAGAUACAUUUUCAGGCAGAAAGUUGCCACACGUGAAGGAGUUUUAGAGUGGAGCAGAAAGAGUGGGGUCUUCGCCGUUGAAGUCACCACACAGCAAAUAGAAGAGAUUUUACGAACUUUGGUUUUGGAUGAUGAAAUCAUUGAGGUGACGAGCACUGGGUUUCGAGAUUUUGCAUCUGUUCCUGUUGGCAAAAUUUGUUAUAGAUGCAAAAGCAAGGGUGGCGUUAGAGGGGAACAGAAACCUGGGGCCAUGGCUUCCAUUCCUUGCGGAGUUUGUCCACGAAUAAACUUUUGUACACCAGAUGGCAUUGUCUCCCCGAGAACUUGUGUCUAUUAUCAGAAAUGGUUGGACUUCUGAAUGAGUCAAAUACCAAUUAAUAGUUUUGAUAUGA